AGAGACAAGAAUAAGUGAAUAGACGUCCAUUUAACAUUUGGAGACAAGGUAGCCAAGCCAUACAUUUGAGUGUAUCCAUUUGUCACCAUUUAAUCUUUCAAUUGACCCACCCCUCUGUUUGGGUUCAUUUUAUUAGCAAAGACCCACCAACAACCAAUUGUAGAUUUUUCGAGUGGAUGGGAUUGAACUCCAAAGUAGCCAUCACUUCCAGCAUUUCCUAUCAUCAUCAUCUAGAAUGGGACAAUGCUUCCUAGACAGUCUUUUGAGAUGUAGCAAAUAGAAUGAGACAAUUGAUGAAAAAAAUUUCUAAAUAGGAUGAGAACUAACAAUUGAUGGUUUACCCAAAUGUCAAUAGACAUGUUAAUAGAAGGGCUAGGUUUAGGUGGGACCUAAGCGGUAGAAAAAUGCUAGAGUGGGGGUUGAAUCACAAUCAAUAGGAAAAAUCUCAAGAGCAUGGAGACCUCAACUUUGCAACUAAGGGUCAUCUUGGGAUUUGUGGAGAACUGAGUAGAGAUGGGCAACUAAAAGUUAGGAAUAAGUGAAAGUGGAAUUGAGGAAUCUGUUACAGCUACAGAUGCAAAGAAAGGCAUCAAAGGACCCCGUACGAAGACCAUAAAAUGAUGCAUAGAUGUAGAAAAUCCUUGAUACCCAUUUUGUACUUUGAAAUGCCAAUCAAUGUUUAUUUUAUUGCCAUGGCAAGCAAGUAGGAGUGGGAUCAUAAACAAAACAAGUGAAACCAAACACUUGGAUGGGGAACAACAUAAAGGGGUUCUUGGGAAGCAAAAGAGAGUAAUAAUUCUCAUCACUAAGAUUGAUGAUGGCAUACAAGUUAUUGAAUUACCGGUGAUGAGAACAGCACCCUCAAAGUUAAUGCACUUAUCAAUGGUGUCUAAGUCAUCAAUAAUAUGACAAUACUUAUGUUCUUCACACACAAUUUUUGUUAUGGUGAUCGAGAGCUACUAAAUUGAUCUGUGAUGCCGUAGGAUGGAUUUGUACAAUGUUUAUGUUCAGUCACACCAUUUACAACACCAAUUGUUUGUCUAAAUUGAUUCCUUAUCUUUGAACAAAAAUCUUGAAAUGACAUCUUGUAAUUCAUAUAACGGAUCUCAAUUUGUGGGAUAAGGCUUUGUUGUUGUUGGAUCUUUCGUUAAAAGUAAGAAUGUGCAUCUUUUGAGGUUAUCAAUGAAUGUGACAUUUGUAUCCAAAAUUAGAAGGCACGUGACUAGGACCUAACCAUCAGAUUCUUGACACUAGUUUAAAAGAUUGUCCUAAUAUUUUUACCAAGCUGACAUGACUCGCUCCAAGGACUUUGAAUGUGAAAGAUGGACCACUUACUUUAACUUAUUCAAACUUGGAUGACCUAUAUUAUCUACAAAACACAGUGGAUGAAGGAGGUUAUAGAGACUCCAUAUUUUAGAUAUUUCUCCAACCAUCUGUCUCAUGUUCCAAUCUUGUAUGAAGAAAACGUCUAGUUUUAAUGUUACAGAACAAUCGAGAGAACAGUUAGUUGAUUGAUUGAAAUCAAAUUGAAGGGGUAACUUAGUACAACUAAGAAGGAAUUAGAGAUAACUUUUGAAAAGACAAAGCUUAACCAAUACCAGCUAUCUUUCCUCCAAAACAAUCAAUGAGGGUGAUGUGGUGAGUUGAUUCAGGUGAGAGGUUAGAAAUAAGAGAGAUUACUAACAUGAUUAGAAGUACCAAAAUAAAAAUUCAUUAUCUCUACAAAUGCAAGGUGAGAUAGGUAUAUAGUAGGAUUACUGCGUGAGUAAUAGUUGCUAAAGAGGAAUCCAGUUGGGAUACCUUGAUUUGAAGACACUUAUGUUCUCUGGGAGAAAAAUGAUAAAUUCCUUUAGAAUGUCUUCUGCCAUAGCCACUACCCCUACAACUACAACCUCUUCACUUGGUCAAAGUUGUAAGACUCUCUACCAAGAUGAGCAAGUGAGAAACUAUGAACACAAAAAGGGAAACCAAAAAUGUAAUGCCAAUCACAACACCUAGAUAGCAAAUAAAGACCACGAGUUAAACAUGGAUGGCUUGAAGUUUUUGUGACAACACACAAAAAAAGGAAACUGAAAAGGAAUAUAAGGCUUUGAGGCAUUGCACACCAAGUGACCAAAUCCCUAACUGGAAACUGAGGAAUGGCUUACCAAAGAGCUUUGCUACCAAUUUGAGAUGGUAAAAAUAAGUCCGUCGUGUAUAUUAGUAAAUGAUUGAUACACUUGUAAACAUAAGGGUUGAAUCAAUUCCCAAAGUUUAGAAGUUGUAAUUAGUAAAGCAAGGAAACUAAUGAAACUAAGGAAAUAAAGAAGAGAAGGACUUAUAUUUUCUUUAGAUAUUAUCUCUAGCACAAUAUCUUAACAUGAAAAAAAUGCUUUUCAGCCAAGAGCUUUAGUUGCUGCAUUUUUUAUUAUAAGAUUUUCUUAUUCCAAAAUAGGCUAUUCAUACAAGCACUUAUAUCACUAAGAGGUUUAAAUGGGAUAGAUUGUAUUAUCAAUAAAUCACAUUAGAACAUCUGGUUUCAAAGUACGGAUCCACACUACUUACUAGAACAAUGAUUCCCAAAACGAUGGCAGUACUAAAAUAGCAUUUGUCCAUGCUCUACUAGUAUUACCCAAUGCCCCCUCUUACCUCCAAACAAAAUUACCCAUGUACGCCCAUAUUUUCUUUAUCAUUGUUCAUCAGCUGUGUCAGUGGCUUACUAAAGUAUUUGUACUCGGUACUAUUUUGGAUAUGGACGUUGUUAAUUUGUCUGCUAGUAUUUUUGUGCAUGCUUGUUACUACAUGAUAUCUACUAGCAACCUUUCUUAUUUCUUUGUGCAGAAAGGUCGUCUAACUGAGGAUGAGGCACGGUUCUAUGCAGCUGAAGUUGUUGAUGCUCUUCAAUACAUACAUAGUUUGGGAGUCAUACAUCGUGAUAUUAAGCCAGAGAACUUGUUACUCACAGCUGACGGACACAUUAAAAUAGCAGAUUUUGGGAGUGUGAAGCCUAUGCAGGAUAGUCAAAUCACUGUCCUUCCAAAUGCAGCGUCUGAUGACAAAGCCUGCACUUUUGUGGGAACAGCUGCUUAUGUUCCUCCAGAGGUUCUUAAUUCCUCUCCAGCAACUUUUGGCAAUGACCUAUGGGCACUUGGCUGCACAUUAUACCAAAUGCUUUCUGGAACUUCCCCUUUUAAAGACGCAAGUGAAUGGCUUAUUUUUCAAAGAAUUGUAGCAAGGGAACUUAGAUUUCCAGAUUACUUUUCUGAUGAAGCAAGAGAGCUCAUUGACCGUCUGUUGGAUUUGGAACCCAGCAGAAGACCAGGUGCUGGACCUGAUGGUUAUGCUAUUUUGAAAGCACACCCAUUUUUCAAGGGGGUUGACUGGAAGAACUUGAGGGCACAAAUUCCUCCAAAACUUGCUCCGGAACCUGGGACUCAGUCACCUGCAGCUGAUGAUGUUCAUGAUUCGUCAUGGAGUCCUUCUCACAUUGGGGAUUGUCCCUCGGCUUCAGUUAGACAACCUGAUGGUGCUACAUCUUCUGAUGGGUCUAGUCACAUAACUAGGCUAGCUUCAAUUGAUUCCUUUGAUUCAAAAUGGCAACAGUUUUUGGAUCCUGGGGAAUCUGUUCUUAUGAUCUCUAUGGUGAAGAAAUUACAAAAACUAACAAGCAAGAAGGUGCAGCUCAUCCUCACCAACAAACCAAAGUUGAUCUAUGUGGACCCAUCAAAGCUAAUUGUGAAGGGAAAUAUAAUAUGGUCUGAUAAUCCAAAUGAUCUAAGCAUCCAAGUGACUACUGCAUCAAAUUUCAAGAUUUGCACACCUAAAAAGGUAAUGUCGUUUGAAGAUGCUAAGCAAAGAGCAUGGCAGUGGAAGAAGGCAAUUGAAGGACUUCAAAACCGGUGAAUUUAUUCUGGUUUUGAGACAUAUUCUUUUAGAUAUCCUGAUUGUUCAGCAAGAAGGGGUAAAACAGUAGACUGCCCAACAAUCAAUUAUUCAUUAAGAGAAAACAAAAUUGAAGAUUUUGGAAGCUGGUUCUAGCUAUAAUUCCUCAACACAACUUAAUUUUGUGAUGAGUUCUUCCAUCCUCUUUCAUGCUUCGAAGGGAUGAUAAAAUGUGGAAGUUCUAAUUGUAGCUAUGUCAAAGGUUGGAGCCAAUACUUUGUAAGAAAAGAUUCGUUUUUCUUUUUUUAAAUUUUAUAUUAAUAUUAUGAGUUGAAAGAUUAUAUCAUUUUGGUUGUCA